AUGAACAAUUAUGUCCAAAACACCGCUGUUGACAGUUUCCUUGUCAGUUCUCUCACUCCUGAAAAUUUAAUCUCAAAAUUUGCCCGGGAGGGAGGGAGAGUAGUAGUGAGGUAGAGCGAACGAUGGAUCGAGUGCCGGCCGGGAACGAGCUUGGUUUCCGGGUUGCCUUCACUGGCUACAGCGGCCAUGUUAGGAUUGAACCCGAGUCUCCUGUCGAAGUCGAACGCCCCAGCAAUCGUCUCGACGGUCUCCCCGAUUUAAUCCUUCCGCCGGCGUUCCCUGAAGAAACGCCUGAAACGAUAAGGGGGUACAUAAAGGAGAAAUUUCUACUUCCAAGAUUGGAUGAAGAUCUUUUUACUCCACAAAAUGCAGGCAAGCAAUGGGAUUUUGACUGGUUUGACAGAGCCAAAGUUGAGCUGGAGCCGUCGAAGCCCCGGUCUGUGGUUAUACCAUCUUGGGAAAUGCCUUUCCGACGCAAGAAGGGUAAAGGGGGAAGGUGGGAACCAGAGUCAGUGGAGGUGGAUGUAUCGCAGCUGACAAUAGAAGGUGAGGAUUUGAGUGCUAUGCCGCGCAUUGUUGAACCUUCCAAGGAUUUUGUGCGAGGAAGUGUCAAUAAUCGUCCUUUUCGCCCUGGUGGAUUGGAUGAAAAUGGUUCUUUGGGAAAGACACUACCUGAUGGUGCUUGUAAUGGUGAAUGGGCACUUGAGGUUUUGCGUGGGAGUCAGCCACAAGUUCUUCCCCCUGGUUUUAAAAGUGGAUUGGAUCUAGGUCAGCUUGAGGCACAUCCAUAUAGAUGGGAUAUUGGUGAGGAAACAAGCAUCAAAAAAGAGACAGAACAUGUGAAAAUGAGCGAAUUGUCAGUGCAGUUUGAUGAUUUGUUCAAGAAAGCUUGGGAAGAUGAUGUUCUGAAAUUUGUUGAUGAUGGGGCAGACACAGAGAGUAAGCCUGCCGAGGAAUCUGGUCAAAUAAUAAUUGAGGAAGAGCUGCAUGCAGUUGAUGAUGUUUCCAUAAAAGAGUCUACCAUGCUUGAUGAAAUUCUGUCUGUCAAAGCAGAGUCAACACCAAAUGAUGGAGAUAAAAGUAGUGGUGGACAGCAGCCAAAAGAGGGUUGGGCUCUUAGGCAUGGAACUGAAGAGAUUGCAGAACGGUUUAAUGAACUUGUUCCAGAUAUGGCACUAAGUUUUCCUUUUGAACUAGAUCCUUUCCAAAAGGAGGCCAUAUUUUAUCUUGAAAGAGGGGAUUCGGUCUUUGUGGCAGCUCAUACAUCUGCUGGAAAGACAGUCGUUGCGGAGUAUGCGUUUGCUCUUGCUUCUAAACACUGCACGAGAGCUGUAUAUACUGCUCCUAUUAAGACAAUCAGCAAUCAAAAGUACAGAGAUUUCUGUGGAAAAUUUGAUGUUGGCCUCCUCACAGGUGAUAUUAGCUUGAGGCCUGAGGCUUCUUGUCUUAUCAUGACCACUGAGAUAUUAAGAUCCAUGCUUUAUAGAGGCGCUGAUAUCAUACGUGACAUAGAAUGGGUUAUAUUUGAUGAAGUGCACUAUGUUAAUGACGUCGAAAGAGGUGUGGUUUGGGAAGAAGUAAUUAUCAUGCUUCCCAGGCACAUCAACUUUGUGCUUCUUUCGGCCACGGUUCCUAACACAAUUGAAUUCGCUGACUGGAUUGGCAGGACAAAGCAAAAACAAAUUCGUGUUACUGGGACCACCAAAAGGCCAGUACCCCUGGAGCACGUCCUUUUCUAUUCUGGAGAGCUUUACAAAAUAUGUGAAAAUGAAAAGAUUAUACCCCAGGGAAUAAAGGCUGCCAAAGAUGUGUACAAGAAGAAAAACUCAGCUACAGCAACUGGCCCAGGAUCUCAUAUGGGGUCAUCUGCAGCCACUGAGAGGUCCAGGAAUCAGAGACAUGAAAAUACUUCUCAAGCAAAGCAGAAAAAACAUUCUGGAUCCAUGAAUGUUGGUAACUUUAGGGCACAGAACAGUGGUAAUAACAAUUGGGGUUCAAGGAGAGCAGAAGCCAACAUAUGGUUGACGCUUAUCAAUAAGCUUUCUAAGAAUUCUCUUUUACCUGUGGUUAUAUUCUGCUUUUCAAAGAAUCGCUGUGAUAAAUCAGCUGACAACUUGACAGGAACUGAUCUAACGACUUCCUCUGAGAAAAGUGAAAUUCGAGUUUUUUGUGAUAAAGCAUUUUCAAGGCUUAAAGGUUCAGACAGGAACCUACCGCAGAUUGUUAGAGUUCAAAGCCUUCUUCGAAGAGGAAUUGGUGUACACCAUGCUGGAUUGCUUCCCAUUGUCAAGGAAAUUGUUGAAAUGCUAUUCUGUCGUGGCGUCGUCAAGAUUUUGUUUUCAACUGAGACAUUUGCAAUGGGAGUUAAUGCCCCAGCGAGAACCGUCGUGUUUGAUUCUUUGAGGAAAUUUGAUGGCAAGGAAUUUCGACAAUUGCUUCCCGGAGAAUACACACAGAUGGCUGGACGUGCAGGCAGGAGAGGACUUGAUAAAAUUGGUACAGUCGCUAUAAUGUGUAGGGAUGAGCUUCCUGAAGAGAAUGAUUUGAAGAAUGUUAUAGUUGGUAGUGCAACUAGGCUAGAAUCUCAGUUUCGGCUCACUUAUAUCAUGAUCUUGCAUCUGCUUCGUGUUGAAGAAUUAAAGGUUGAGGACAUGCUUAAAAGAAGUUUUGCAGAAUUUCAUGCCCAGAAGAAACUUCCAGAGAAACAACAACUUCUAAUGCGGAAACUUGCUCAACCUACGAAAGUUGUUGAGUGCAUAAAAGGUGAGCCAGCAAUAGAGGAUUAUUUUGAGAUGUAUGCUGAGGCUGAAACUUAUGGUCGCAUGGUCACUGAAGCAAUUAUGCUGUCUCCCGCUUCAAAACAAUUUCUGACCAUCGGAAGGGUGGUAGUAGUCAAAUCACCUUCGGAUCAAGAUCAUUUACUGGGUGUUAUAGUGAAACCGCCGUCAGACAAUUAUAAGUACUUAGUAUUAAUGCUGACACCAGAAUCACCUGAAAUCUCGCCAUCAAAAAGUGUAGAUAAAAACACUAAUGAUUUCCAUGUGUUAGUACCAAAGUCAAAACGUGGCCUGGAUGAUGAGUAUUACUCUUCAUCCACAUCACGGAAAGGAUCUGGUGUCGUCAAUAUAACAUUACCUCAUUAUGGUUCUGCCUCUGGGGCGAGUUAUGUGGUAAGAGAAGUUGAGAAUAAAGAGUUCAUAUCAAUUUGCAAUUGCAAAAUAAAGGUAGACCAAGUUCGGCUCCUUGAAGAUGUGAGCGCUGGUGCCUAUUCAUUCACGGUACAGAAAUUGUUGGCACUCAAAUCUGAUGGGAACAGGUAUCCACCUGCUUUGGAUCCUAUGAAAGAUUUGAAGUUGAGGGAUGUUGAGGUUGUUGAAGCUUAUUACAAAUGGACUAACUUAAUGCACAAGAUGGCACAGAACAAGUGCCAUGGUUGUACCAAGCUGACAGAGAAUCUUAAGUUGGCCAGGGAGUUGAACAAACACAAAGAGGAAGUAAAUGCUCUUAAAUUUCAAAUGUCAGACGAAGCACUUCAGCAGAUGCCCGACUUUCAGGGCCGUAUUGAUGUAUUGAAGGAAAUCGGAUGCAUAGAUGCUGAUCUGGUAGUGCAAAUCAAAGGCCGCGUUGCGUGUGAGAUGAAUUCAGGGGAAGAGUUGAUUUGCACGGAGUGCUUAUUCGAGAAUCAGCUGAGCGAUUUGGAGCCGGAAGAAGCUGUAGCAAUAAUGUCUGCAUUCGUUUUUCAGCAGAAGAACACUUCCGAACCCUCUCUUACGCCAAAGCUCGCUGAAGCUAAACAGAGAUUGUACGAUACAGCAAUAAGACUAGGAGAGCUUCAGGCGAAAUUCAAGUUGGCUGUUGAUCCUCAGGAGUAUGCCCACGAAAAUCUCAAGUUUGGCCUCGUCCGAGUUGUGUACGAAUGGGCAAAGGGAACCCCCUUUGCUGACAUUUGUGAGCUGACCGAUGUUCCGGAAGGCAUGAUCGUUAGGACAAUCGUGAGGCUGGAUGAAACAUGCCGUGAGUUUAGAAAUGCCGCGGCUAUUAUGGGAAACUCGGCACUUCAUAAGAAAAUGGAGAUCGCUUCGAAUGCAAUAAAGAGGGAUAUUGUCUUCGCGGCUAGCUUGUACAUUACAGGGGUUUAGAGAGCUAACAUUGUCUGUGUACCCAUCCUCUUCUAUCUAUGUUUGUAUCCGACAACUCAGCCUAGCCUAGCCUUCCCUUCCCUUCAUCAGUACAGAAAUUUUGAAGGAAAGAUACACAACCAACAGCCACAGGUAACACAUUUCAUUUUAUUGUAUUUUUUAGGAUUAUUUUUCACAUACAAUUGGAUCUAUGUACGAUUUUUAGGAUUUCUAUUUAUACAAUAAUUUUAGCAGACAGAGGUAACUAUUAUAUUGUUCAUUUUAUCUUUACUCCAAAUUCAUGUCCAAGAAAUGGGAUUUCAUUCUGAA